CGUCUUCUGUCGCCGUCUUUCGCGAUCUUUCACACGGGGGAGGUGUCGGCGCACAGAAUCUGCUACUCCUCCACACCCACUUUUACCCCCGCCGGCAACCGGACGAGGAAGCCUGCAAAGAAUGGACACGGAGCAGACUCGGACAAGAUGUGGACGCACGGGUUUCACCCACCUACGCCGGAAACCGUACGACUCCGAAACCGCUCGGAAAGCCUGAUGAGACCGGACACGGAACUGACUCUUCCCGAAAUAUUUCCGAAGGACUGCGACCCUCCACCCGACGACGAGCUGACCUGCCCCAUCUGCCAUGCUUUGCUGCGAGAACCCGUGGAGUGUCGCUGCCGUCAUGUCUUCUGCAAGGGCUGCAUCACGAUGUGGCUGCGCACGAAGAGCACCUGUCCCCUGUGCCGAGUGUCUCUGCAGGGUGCCUCCCUCGUGCCCGCCCAUAUGCUUAUCCAGAGCAUGGUAGGAAAUGUCAAGGUGAAGUGCCGCAGUCCUGGGUGCAGUGCCAGAGUGGCCGUGAGCACUUACACGACGCACCUGGGCGUGUGCGAGUUCAAAGAGGUGCCGUGCCCUCACAGCCUGUGCGAGCACCGCUGUCCUCGCCGCACCCUCGAGGACCACGUAAAGACGUGCCCGCACCGGAUGCUGACCUGCCAACUGGGCUGCCGCGCGACAAUGUCCGCGGGCGAGCUGGAAAAUCACAGCUGUAUGCUCAAGCUCCGACUUCAAGAAACAAGGGCUCGCCUGCAGAAGUGCCAGCAAGAGGCGUGUGACAUAAAAUGCGACAGGGACGGCUGGGAGCGCAAGGCGGAGGACGCCAGCCGCAAACUGGAGAGCGUACGCAACGACCUUGCAAAGACGACGGCGGACAGAGACAGCUGGAAGCUUAAAGCGGAGGAUGCCAGUUACACGCUGAAAAGCGUACGCAACGACCUUGCAAAGACGACGGCGGGCAGAGACAGCUGGAAGCUUAAAGCGGAGGAUGCCAGUUACACGCUGAAAAGCGUACGCAACGACCUUGCAAAGACGACGGCGGACAGAGACAGCUGGAAGCUUAAAGCGGAGGAUGCCAGUUAUACGCUGAAAAGCGUACGCAACGACCUUGCAAAGACGACGGCGGACAGAGACAGCUGGAAGCUUAAAGCGGAGGAUGCCAGUUACACGCUGAAAAGCGUACGCAACGACCUUGCAAAGACGACGGCGGGCAGAGACAGCUGGAAGCUUAAAGCGGAGGAUGCCAGUUACACGCUGAAAAGCGUACGCAACGACCUUGCAAAGACGACGGCGGACAGAGACAGCUGGAAGCUUAAAGCGGAGGAUGCCAGUUACACGCUGAAAAGCGUACGCAACGACCUUGCAAAGACGACGGCCGAUAGAGACAGCUGGAAGCGCAAGGCGGUGGACGCUAACAACACACUGGGAAGUCUACCUGACUCUCUUGCAAGGACGACGGCAAACGGGGAAAGCUGGAAGUGUAGUGCCCUAUUGAACAAAUUCAUUUCGGUGAUAUUGGUGAUUGUGUGUGUAGAGGGAAUUUGUGUGAUAACGGAGAAGUGGCAGUGACGGCGCCGAGGAACAAGACAAAGAAAAAAUUGGCAGGUGGCUCGGGUGCCUGAAUAAACUAUGCUUCCGAAAA